AUGACGUCUGAGGAGCUUGUAACAUUCUCAAGUGCUACGACGAUAACAAAACUCGGUCCCAAUGUGUACGGAGCAAACUUGGUUCCCAGCUGGUGCACCGGCUCAGUUCCGAAUGGCGGUUACGUCGCAUCGGUGAUUCUCCGUGCGGCAUCGCAGCACCUUACAGCACGCGGACAACCCGACUCAAUCUCGGCGCAUUUCGAGUACGUCAAUCGCACGGAGAUUGGUCCUGCAAUUCUCAUCGUCGAUGAAGUCAAGCUCGGCCGCAAUCUUUCAACGUUGCACGUCUCCCUCUAUCAACAUGAUCUCCAAUCAUCAGCUCCCUGGUUUACGCCGUCUUCCAGAAAAGAGGUCGUCGCCUACUUGAUCAAUACGCGCUUAACUGUCGAGAAGGGCCUGACGCUAGAGAGUGGCUGGGCAAUGACUCCGCCAGCCAAGACCGCCAAUUUUUCCCUCCUCGGUCAGGAUAAGGACCCCCACUGGGUGCGCAAGCUAAAGCUGAAUGCUCGCGCGACGUCCUACGCCCGCGCUCACAACAAUCUCGAGUACUACGUUCCGCGCAAGGACUCACGCCGUGGAAUCGUCGAUCUCUGGUUGCGGCUGAAAGACGGCCAGAGGUUUACGAAUGCAUCGCUCGGUUAUGUUGUGGACGCGUAUCCGACAGUAAUAGAGGCAUGGAGACCGAAGCGCGACGAGGAACAGACUCCUUUUCGGUCGAAUGAGAUGUUUUGGUACCCUACCCUUGCUCUGAAUCUGGACGUGAAGAAGGCUUUGCCGGGGGAGGGAGCCGAGUGGCUCUUCCUUCGGACAAUGGCAAAGGUCAUCCGAAAUGGCAGACUAGAUCUCGAGGUUAUUGUUCUAGAUCAGGGUGGAGAUGUUGUCGCUCUGAGUACUCAUGUGAACAUGGUUUUGCCCGCUGAGAGGAACUUGAAAGAAAGGAGUCACUCGAAAGCCAAGAUUUAG